CGGUCGGGUGGAAGAAGUCGUAUGCCGACGGAUGUAAUCUUGGCAGAGAAUUCCCUCUUCUCCCUGGGCAUACAUGGUGAAACUCCAAUGGGAUCAGAGCGUAUGGAGAUGCGAAAGCGGCAGAUGUCGGUGCAGCAGGAGUCGAUGGCGGUUGGCACGGCACCGACCCAGCAGGACCCUAACCAGAGCCAGAACCAGGGGAGCCAGAACCAGGGGAACCAGAACCAGGGGAACCAGAACCAGGGGAACCAGAACCAGGGGAACCAGAGAGGGAACAACGCCUGUUGUUUCUGCUGGUGCUGCUGCUGUAGCUGUUCCUGUCUGAUCUCUGUCCUGUUGCCCACCGUUCUCUCCUGUAGGAACGAGGAGCGUGAGGAGAGGAACCGGCGGGCGUCCUACGACCUCAAAGCUGAGGGGACGGCCGACUGCGAGGACAGCCCCCCUCCCACUCUGGAGGAGGUCCGUUCCUGGGCCCAGUCGUUUGACCGACUGAUGUCGUGCGCUGCUGGCCGAGUGGCGUUUAGGUUGUUCCUGUGUACAGAGUUUAGUGAGGAGAACAUGUUGUUCUGGCUGGCUUGUGAGGAGUUCACCAAGGAAACCAACAAGACCUCCAUUGAGGAGAAGGCACGGGUCAUCUACGAGGACUACAUCUCUAUCCUCUCACCCAAAGAGGUGAGUCUGGACUCACGUGUUCGGGAGGUGAUCAACAAGAACAUGUUGGAGCCGUCGUCCCAGACCUUCGUUGAUGCUCAGGUGCAGAUCUACACGCUGAUGCAAAGAGACUCCUACCCCCGAUACAUGAACUCCCCCGCCUACAAGAACCUGCUCAACUCCCUCUCAGAGCAGGCCCCUGAGUCCUAACUCAGCACUCUCAGAGCAGGCCCCUGAGUCCUAACUCAGCACUCUCAGAGUAGGUCUCCGAGUCCUAAGUCAAUACUCUGUGUCCUAGAGUCUUAGGUGACAACAAACCUGGGAUCGUCUCUCUUUUCUCAUUUUCAUUUGGUUUGAAUGUUAGUGUAGAGAAGGGGUGGCCAACCUUCCUCCUGGAGAGCUAUAACAGCCUGUACACCCAGUAGCUCUCCAGGAGUGUAGAGGAUGUGAAGCGGGCCUCUGACCUGACCUUGCCCUGCCCCCAGGACCUGGCUACGCGCUAGAGAAGCGUCACCUGACUAAAGACACUCAGGGUUCUACUGUCUGAGAAGUCUACUCGCCUAGGGCUCUACUAUUCUGAAGGCUCUAUUCUACUGGGCUCAGCUCCUCUGAGGGUGAGGGCUCUACUCUCCCGAGGGCUCUACUCCCCAAGGGCUCUAUUCCCCCUAGGGCUCUACUGUCCCGAGGGUUCUACUCCACCUAGGGCUCUACUGUCCUGAGGGUUCUACUCCACCUAGGGCUCUACUGUCCUGAGGGUUCUACUCCACCUAGGGCUCUACUGUCCUGAGGGUUCUACUCCACCUAGGGCUCUACUGUCCUGAGUGUUCUAUUCCACCUAGGGCUCUACUGUCCUGAGGGUUCUACUACACCUAGGGCUCUACUGUCCUGAGGGUUCUACUCCACCUAGGGUUCUACUGUCCUGAGGAUUUUACUUCACCUAGGGUUCUACUGUCCUGAGGGUUCUACUCCACCUAGGGUUCUACUGUCCUGAGGGUUCUACUCCACCUAGGGCUCUACUGUCCUGAGGGUUCUAUUCCACCUAGGGCUCUACUGUCCUGAGGGUUCUACUCCACCUAGGGCUCUACUGUCCUGAGGGUUCUACUCCACCUAGGGCUCUACUGUCCUAAGGGUUCUACUCCACCUAGGGCUCUACUGUCCUGAGGGUUCCACUCCACAUAGGGCUACUACUGUCCUGAGGGUUCUACUCCACCUAGGUCUCUACUGUCCUGAGGGUUCUACUCCACCUAGGGUUCUACUGUCCUGAGGGUUCUACUCCACCUAGGGUUCUACUGUCCUGAGGGUUCUAAUCCACCUAGGGCUCUACUGUCCUGAGGGUUCUACUCCACCUAGGGCUCUACUGUCCGGAGGGUUCCACUCCACAGCGGCUCUACUCCCUUAAGGCUCCAUUCCCCCCAGGGUUCUACUCCACACCACCAUUACUGCUCCAGAUCAACACACUCCAAAGGAAUAUUAAUAUUCAUGUAAGGUUUGUUUUAGAAAAAAAUUAUCUACAUUUUAUUUGUGUACAAGUUAUUUUAUUGUGUGUUAUGAUUGUUUAUUUUUUUUAUAAUUGUUUGGACGGACAAAUGACGCCUACUUGUGGGCAAUAGUGUAUAUAUUUAUGCGUUUGUAAAUAGACAAAAGGGAAUUGUGGGUAAACUGCAUAUGAGAAUCAAGUGAGUGUCCCAUUUGACACCCUAUUCACUAUAUAGUGCACUACUUAAUGGGCCCUGGUCUAAAGUAGUGAACUAUAUAGUGCACUACCUAAUGGGCCCUGGUCUAAAGUAGUGAACUAUAUAGGUAAUAGGGUGCAGUUUGGGACUUUACUCAAGUCAAGUCUACGUUAUACAUUUAUUUCCUCCAAAAUGGCUCCCUAUCCCCUACAUAGAGCACUACUACAUUAUAAUCUAUGGGAAUAAUCAAAUCAAAUUCU